AGCGGCGGCGGUGGUGUGGGCGUGGGGAAGGGUGGGGUGAGGGGGCGAGGCCGCAGCGAGUGCGACAAAACUCUCCUCCCCUCAGCCCCACCGCGUGAGACGGCGUGAACGCGGUGUUGGAGGCAUGUCCGCCUUCUCCGAGGCGGCGCUGGAGAAGAAGCUGUCGGAAUUGAGCAACUCGCAGCAGAGCGUGCAGACCUUGUCCCUGUGGCUCAUCCACCACCGCAAGCACUCGCGCCCCAUCGUCACCGUGUGGGAGCGGGAGCUGCGUAAAGCCAAACCAAACAGGAAGCUUACUUUUCUCUACCUAGCCAAUGAUGUCAUUCAGAACAGCAAAAGGAAGGGACCGGAGUUUACAAAAGAUUUUGCACCAGUUAUAGUGGAGGCUUUUAAGCAUGUUUCAAGUGAAACUGAUGAAAGUUGUAAGAGGCACCUUGGAAGAGUGUUAUCUAUUUGGGAAGAAAGGUCUGUUUAUGAAAAUGAUGUAUUAGAACAACUUAAACAUGCUCUGUAUGGCGAUAAGAAGUCUAGAAAGCGAACUUAUGAACAGAUAAAGGUGGAUGAAAAUGAAAACUGUUCCUCUCUGGGAUCUCCAAGUGAACCACCACAGACUCUAGAUCUCGUUAGAGCAUUACAAGAUCUAGAAAAUGCUGCCACAGGUGAUGCAGCAGUUCAUCAGAGGAUAGCUUCUUUGCCUGUUGAAGUCCAAGAAGUAUCCCUACUAGAUAAGAUAACAGAUAAAGAAUCUGGAGAAAGGCUUUCUAAAAUGGUAGAGGAUGCUUGUAUGUUGCUGGCAGAUUAUAAUGGCAGAUUGGCUGCUGAAAUAGAUGAUAGGAAACAACUCACUCGAAUGUUAGCAGAUUUUCUUCGUUGUCAAAAGGAAGCCCUUGCAGAGAAAGAACAUAAAUUGGAAGAAUACAAGCGCAAGUUAGCCAGAGUUUCCCUGGUGCGCAAAGAACUCAGGUCCCGGAUCCAGAGCCUGCCAGACUUAUCUCGAUUGCCCAAUGUCACUGGCAGCCACAUGCACCUGCCCUUCGCAGGGGACAUCUACAGUGAAGAUUGAUGACCAGUCUCUUUCCAGGGCCCAGGACUUUGCAGGAGAUGGAGACAGGUUAGGUGGAUAGUCCUGUAGCAUUAUUUUUGUAUAUUGUUGAGAGAGUGACACUAACAACAACAACAAAAAAGACAAGUAAUUUAUAAAAUUGUUUAAAAUGUUGGUUUGUUUACUAUUUUACUGGUGAGUUAACAUGACUUAGUUUAAACAAAGUGAUCUCUGUGUAUUAAUAAGCUCACAAAUAGUGAUUAUUUUCAAAAGAUCUUUUGUAAAUUUUUUUGAUCCAGGGCCUUGUGAGAAAUUCAGUGUUUCUAUUCAUGUAUUUUCAAAUGUUUUUCUUUAUUUUCUCCAGUAUCCAAUCACUAAAUUGUAUGUAAUUCCUGAAGGGUAAGAGCUAAUCAGGAGUUGGUUGAGACUUAAUUAUGGUAUAGUUAGGACUUGAUUGUAGAAGGGACUAAAUGUUUCAACUUAAUCUUCACCCUUCUGCCCAACCAAAAUAUCAGUUGUGUGCCUCUCAAUGCCUUCGAUUCCUUGUUCCUUAGAGGUCAGUUAUGUACCACUAACCAUGGAUGUCAUUUUUAGGGUCAAAUCAGAGCUUAGAGAACAUUUCCACAAUAGCAUCAUAGGGGUUUCCUUCCAGAUGCCAGUGUAGAAUAAGAGGAGUGUUAAAUAGGGACCCCCUUGAUUAAAGUAUUUAGAAUAGUUGAUGAGAAUAAUAUGAAAUGCUUGGGAAAUGUUAUAAAUUUUGACAUUCUACUAAGGGGACAGCUUUCAUUUUGUCAUAUCAGUCUCCUUUUAACAUAAUUGAUUCCUUUAACAGCCAUCUAUGUGGCUAAAAGAAACAAAAUGAUACUUUUAUUAUUCCCAUAGCCUUUAACUUUAAAAAUAAUGGUAUUUUUAGCUCUAAUAUCUCAAGGACACAAUAUUCAUUAAUGUUCAGCAAAGUAGUCUGGAACAUUUUUAAGGUUUCUGAAUGACUGUAUAUUUGGAAAUUAAGCAGUGCUGCACUACAGGGUCGAUCUGGUAAAUACUAUAUUUGUCUAUUUAGAAUUACCAAACAAAUGUACUUUUACCUUUCAUUUUAACCCUGUGUGUUAGAGCAGUUGCAUGCUCUCCUGCUUUCUUCUUAAAUCAUAUUGUUAAGCUGUGGAUUUGUACUCAAUAAUGACUUAGGAUAAACAUUUUUUUCAUUCAUUACUUUACAUAGUAGUCAUUUUUCUUUUUGUUGUAAGCAGAUUCAAAUUAGAUAGUCAAUAAAACAUCUUUAAAUCCCACAAGCCAGUUCUGUCUCACUAGUGUGAAUGGCUUCACUCUUUCUUCCUCAGUAUUAAAGAUUAUAAUUAAAAUGAAUUUAUAUGUGAAGGAGAAGGCAAGUAUUUAUUUUUAAUAGCCAAUAGUUCUGGAAACUGCUUCUAACAGUUUGACCUUUCUCCAAAACAGACACAUAUAAGUGGUCCCUGCUCAUAUAUGGCUACUAGUCCAAAGUUUUUUAGUCACCUUGUGGGAGUUGGGGCACAUUUUCUCACAGAAACAAUUAUAGUUAGGUUCUGUGUGAAAACUCACUGGGAACCUAAUCCACUUAACCAUGGACGUAGUUCAUAUUGACAUAAGUUAAUGUAGUUGACAAAUUAUUAAUAGUAAUAGUAGAUCCUGACCAGCAUUUGUAACAUUGUAACAUCACUCUAACUGAGGAAAUGGUGUGCUACAGUGAAACUCACACAUUGGGAUGUCUGUCUUGUGUCCCUCUGUUCCUCUGUGUUGGAUUACUAAGAAAAAAGAUUCCGCUUGGCAGGUGUGUGUAACAAAUGCACCACUAUAAAAACCUAGUUAUACCUGUUAUAAAAGUAAAGCACGUAAGUUAGGUUUUUUGUUAAAGUGAAAGCAAAAACUUGUAUAUUUAUUUUCAGCAUCUUGACCUUAUUUAUGAUAUGCUAAAGUGGUGAUUUAUUCAUUCAAAAUAUUUUUUUUCCACUUAAAACUAAUUUAUAAACUGUUUACUCCUGGGAAGCUUUGGAAUCUGUUAGAAGUUUGUUGAAAUAUUUUCACCAUUUAAGACAGACUUCUGACGUAGAUACUGAUUUUAAUGCCAGUAUCUGCUCUAAAUAUUUAUUAUAAAAAUGCAUUAUUUUUUUAAAGAGCUUGAUGCAGUUUGUGAUAAGUGAUAGUACUCAACCUGAAUCCGACCCCCUACUCCUACCUUUUGACCAAUCCUCCUCAAACCUUCGGUUGUUGGUUAACUCACUAACUGUGAACACAAAUGAUAUGGUGUGGUUUAGAAGUUAACAUUUUCAGCCUUAUGAUAGUUAACAUGGUAAGCCUUAGCAGUAAAUAGCCUUCUUUUUUAAAAGGUAGGCUACUUCUCAAGAAAUGGGGUUAGAUGUGGGUAUUGUAAUACCAAAUUCUAAAUCAUGAGCAUUUUCUCCACUGUGUAUGUGAGGCAAACCAUGCAUCUUUGAGUGCAGUUUGGCCUGGCCCCUGAAAAGAAAAAUGUAUCGCCACACUUGCAGUAGGGGUACUAUGGUUUGAAUGGAUACCAUCACUCUUUUCUCCACAAACAGUGCAGAGAGCUGUCUGGAGUGGCAGUUUGAACAGAUGGCGUUUCCUCUGCUCCUUCCAUCACUACAGUAAGUAAAAGAACCAUAUGGGGAACCUGGGAGUCUGAGGAACUCAGCUGUGCUCAGUAACCACCCUCCCCUCUAGGAAAGCCAGUCCAGAUGCAGCUAUUCUGGUACCUCUCCUCACAUGCACUCUGAAUCAGGGUUUUUCAAUAAGAACUUCAGAAUCAGCAAAAGCUGGGAUGACCUCGUCACCUCGAUUUGCAAAAUUAAAAGAAAUAAAACUAGGUUGUCAGUUGUCACUGUAGAUAAGCAACACAUCUAUUAGUGAUUGAACUUGUUCUGAGAAAUCUUUGGAAUGAAAAAACUCAAGUACAAAUUAAUUGGGAAAGUUAGAAUGUCCUUUCUAAAAUUUUCCAUUCUAAAAAUUGAUACUAUAUGAAAUAACAUAAGCUACUAAACUGCUUUGUACUCUAUUAAGAAAUAGCUCCUAAAGGUAAAGUCUUGUUUCAUAGUUGUUGCACUAUAUGAAAGCUUUUUUUUUUUAAGUGUAAAACUAGUUCUGUGUAGAAAGGGGGCAAUGAGUUACUGACUGAAUUUAUUUAUACAGAGCAUUUGUUGCCACCUGUAAUUCCAGCCAUCCACACACGAGUGUUCUGAGGUGGCACUAGCACAUGGGAAGAUGAAGUUUCCCUGUUUCUUUACCCUUAUUUGUUUGACUGUUCUGAUGACAAUAUAAGAUGUUCUUAAUAAAGUUUUAUGUUCUUUUUGAAA